UUCUAGUAAGAUUACUGGUGCUCAGACUGGUCCUGCACUCUGCACAGACCUAUGUUUUCGAAAACUACAGAAGCUUAGAUCUGGUUAUAAGGACCUAGUUGCUGGCAAUCUUGUGUUCAAGGACCUGGUGAAGGGAGGGUUUCUGGAAUACCUGGAUGUGAAUGAGGAGAAUGAUAGUAAUAUUGCUCUGUAUGAAGCUGAUAUUGGACCCUCUACUACGCAUCUAGAGAUAGAACCCUUUACAUUACUAGGUGUUUGUGCUGGUCUAAUUCCCUACCCUCACCAUAAUCAGAGCCCUAGGAACACUUAUCAAUGCGCUAUGGGAAAGCAGGCUAUGGGAACUAUUGCCUUGAACCAGAAGAAUAGAAUUGAUACUCUCAUGUACAAUCUAGUAUAUCCUAUGCGUCCUAUGGUCAAAUCUAGAACAAUUGAACUCAUUUUGUAUCAGGAUCUACCUGCCGGUCAGAAUGCUAUUGUAGCUGUAAUGUCCUACAGUGGAUAUGAUAUUGAAGAUGCCAUUAUUCUAAACAAUGCUAGUUUAGAUCGUGGAUACGGAAGAUGUCUGGUGUACAGGAACCAGAAGUGUGCUCUGAAAAGGUAUGCAAACCAGACCUCUGACAGGGUCCUGGGACCUCUGGUGGACGCGGAGACUAAGAAACCUAUAUUCCGUCAUGAAAGCUUAGAUCAGGACGGAAUAUGUGCUACAGGAAGCAGAAUGUUUAAUAAACAGGUGCUAAUCAACAAGUGUAUGCCAACUGUAACAAGGGAUCCAUUAACUGAACCUGGAUUGGUUCGACCUAAUCAACCAGCAGAGUUUAGAGAAACACCAAUCACAUACAAGGGUCCUAUCCCGUCCUAUAUCGAGAAGGUGAUGUUGACCUGUGACGGGAAUGAUGCGACCCUGAUCAAGAUCCUGCUCCGACAAACCCGGAGACCAGAGCUCGGAGACAAAUUCUCCUCUAGGCACGGACAGAAGGGAGUUACAGGGCUCAUCGUGCAACAGGAGGAUAUGCCGUUCAACGAUCAGGGAAUAUGCCCGGACAUGAUCAUGAACCCCCACGGGUUCCCGAGCAGAAUGACGGUUGGGAAGCUGAUGGAGUUGCUGGGAGGGAAGGCCGGGGUUCUCAAGGGGAAAUUCCAUUACGGGACUGCAUUCGGUGGUUCGAAGGUUAAAGAUAUUAGUGAGGAGUUAAUAGAGGCAGGAUAUAAUUACCAGGGCAAGGAUACCCUGACAUCUGGUAUAACUGGUGAGAGCCUUCAAGCGUAUAUCUACCAUGGACCAGUUUACUACCAGAAACUCAAGCAUAUGGUCAUUGAUAAGAUGCAUGGUCGGUCAACCGGACCCAGGGCUGUACUCACUAGACAACCUACAGAGGGUAGAUCCAGUAUGCUUCUGGUGGAGAGAUUAAUGAUAUCUAGUGAUGCUUUCAACGUAGAGGUGUGCGGAGGCUGUGGUCUGCUGGCGUAUUCAGGCUGGUGCCAUUCAUGUCAAACAUCAUCAGGAGUAUCAGCUAUUAGAAUCCCGUACGCUUGCAAGCUUCUGUUCCAAGAGCUCCAAAGCAUGAAUAUAGUUCCACGUCUCAAACUAGAGAAAUAUUGCCAGUAGCAGAAUACAUCCUUGUAGUUCUCCAAUUCUUCAGUUAAGAUGUAGAAAGGAACAUACUGCACAUUGCCAACAUUUUUUGCCUGCUGUGAUUUUUUGUUAUUUUUUCGUUAAAUAAAAAAUUAAUAUUCUUAAAAAUUA